AUGCGCACGACCGGUCUCGUAGCGCUCGCAUUGGGCCUUGCUGUAUCUGCGACACCGGCAAAAAGGGCUUAUUCGACACACACAUACUAUGUUCUCCACCAUGAUCCUUCAUCGUUCGAGGACGUGUUUAGCAUCGCAAACAGUCUUGGGGCCGAACUCGUCGAACAAGUCGGAGAACUGGACAAUCACUGGCUAUUGAGAGCUCCCAAACAUAAUGACCGGGUCAUGCACAAGCGGGGGAUCGCUGGGGGCAGGGGUAUCAGGAGUCUGGAACGACAAGAGCUUCGGCAACGCGUCAAACGCACUGUUCCCCGCGCGAAUGAGUUCGACUCGUUUGAGAAGGUCUCUGAGGCUAUGCAGAUCCAUGAUCCAUCGUUUAACGAGCAGUGGCAUCUCCUAAACACUAUCUCGCGCGGAAACGAUCUCAAUGUAUCCGGUGUUUGGCACGAGGGGAUUACGGGCAAGGGCAUCACUGCAUGUAUUGUUGACGAUGGGCUGGACUACGAGAGCGAUGAUUUGGCCCCGAACUUUUUUGCGGAAGGCUCGUACGACUACAACGACCACGAACCACUUCCCAAGCCUAAGCUCUCAGAUGACCAACAUGGCACAAGAUGUGCGGGUGAAGUCUCGGCGGCCCGAAAUGACUUGUGCGGAGUCGGCGUUGCCUACGACUCUAAAAUCUCUGGAGUUCGUAUUCUCUCGGGGCCUAUUUCUGAUGCGGACGAAGCAGCCAGUCUCAACUAUGCUUAUCAAAAGAACGAUAUUUAUUCCUGCUCUUGGGGUCCACCAGAUGAUGGUCGUUCAAUGGAAGCUCCUGGGACACUUAUUGAAAAGGCUGUGGUCAAUGGUGUUCAAAAAGGUCGUGGUGGGAAAGGAUCAGUCUUUGUUUUUGCGAGUGGGAACGGAGCGGGGUCGGACGAUCAGUGCAACUUCGAUGGAUACACCAACAGCAUUUUUUCGGUUACCGUUGCUGCUAUCGACGCAAAAGGUCUCCAUCCCUACUACUCCGAGGCUUGUGCAGCGAACAUGAUCGUUGCGUAUAGCUCUGGGGGGGCACAACAUCCACAGCAUACAACAGAUAUAGGAAAACGCAAAUGCACCUCUGGGCAUGGAGGAACGUCGGCCGCUGCACCCUUGGCGGUAGGGGUCUUUGCACUCGCACUUCAAGCACGACCUGAACUUACGUGGCGAGACAUUCAACAUCUAUGCGUACGUACGGCGCUCCAAAUUAACCCCAACGACCCCGAUUGGGAGCACACAGCCGCCGGUCGUCCUUACAGCUACAAGUAUGGAUACGGAAGCAUUGACGCAUGGACUUAUGUUCAAGCUGCCAAGACAUGGGACCUCGUCAAACCACAGGCAUUCCUUGCGCUCCCUCCUACGAUCCUCGAUGGGGCUGAUAUUUCUCGCGCGUUCUGGGGUCAAAUGAGCGGCGGCCGAUUGAUCCCCGAGGGCGGUGUGACCUCCGAGGUGGAAGUUACUGCGCAAAUGCUCAGGGAUAGGAACUUUGAAAAAUUGGAACACAUUACCGUCAAAGUUUGGAUUACGCAUGGACGCAGGGGAGACGUAGAGGUCGAGUUGGUCAGUCCAAAGGGCAUCAAGAGCGUGCUUGCUGGGCAACGCAAGUACGACCAGGACGAAAAGGGCUUCCCAGGAUGGAGGUUCAUGACAUUGAAGCAUUGGGACGAAGAUCCAGUUGGCAAGUGGACAAUUCGUGUAUCUGAUCAGCACACCGGCGCACAGAACGGGUCGUUCCUCGGCUGGGAUAUGACGCUCUUUGGCUCCGUGAUCGACCCUGCUAAAGUUGAUUUAUGGACGGUACCCGACGACCCACAAGAUCCCAACGAGAACUCAGCCCCUGCCUCUGCAACUACCACUACUACUACGACUUCUUCCGCUACCGAGUCGACGAGUGCCGAUGCUACCAAGACGGGAACCAAGCAGCAUCCCAAGCCAACAGACCAUUUGCCAGAUGACCAUCACGAAGCUGAGGGCGAAGCGCAUAAGCCUACUUUUGGAAACAAGACGACUAGCGCGACCCCGACUCCCACUGUAUCUGUCCCAGUUGACGAAGGAUACUUUGCCCACAUGACCGAUUUGCUCAAAUCCCAAACAUGGUUAUUCGCAGCCCUUGGUGCAGUUGUGUUCGUUAUUGGUGCGGGAGUGCCUAUGAGUCAAGUUGGCGGCACGCGCGAACUCUACGACGCGUUUGGCGAGCUAUCAGAUGGAGACGGAAGCGAUGCGGACGAAGAAAUGGCGCUGCGUCCUCGAGACCGCGAUGCUGUCCGAUACCACGACGGGUUCUUGGAUGACGAAGAAGACGAACGGAGAGGGGAUCGUCUCAUUUAUCAUCCGCGUUGGGAUGAUUCACCACGGGAAAAUAUCACAAUCAGCAUUCGCGCUGUCUUAAACAACCCUAACAAUCCGUAUGAGCCUUAUGUUAUCGCCAACUGUACUAUCAAAAGGUCUGAAACGUUCAACGACACCGAACGUUCGUGGAACCGAACUUUGGAACACUUCACUUGUCCAAGUUCGUUGUCCACCCCCAUAAGUAACGGUGGGGCUAGCGAAUCCCUGUCGCUAUCGCCAGGGAGUUCGAGUUCGAGCUUAUUCGGGCAUUAUUACCGAGUCGAAGUCCAACGGGUGGGACAGGUAUCUGGUGGCGUUAUAUACGAAAACCAAAUGCCUCGCAUUUGGCUUAUGAAUCAGGAAGAAGUUCCAUCUGCGGGUGACUCUAGUUGGCAGGAUAUAGCCAAAGUACGGGAGUAUGUGCUUCCUAUGAAACUUCUUGCUAGGUCCCAUGUUACCGCAGAGACAACCCUGGUCACUCGUCGGUUCAUUACGUCCCCGUUUAUGACGGACACUAUUCUUAAAUUCAAGCCUGUCGGGUUCGUACUCGAUGUCCUGGGCUCUGUCGGUGGUUUGUUCGCACUACUCCAGGCUGCCCAUCUGUUCUUGUUUGGGAGACCAUUACUCUGGGGCCUAAUUGGUGCAAUGUCUAUCACUCCAUUUGGUCUAUUGGGGCAAUGUAGCUCUCGAGACUUCAAGCGUCGUCUGCGAAAUGAGUACCAUACCCAAUCCGACAAAGAUGGAACAAAGACAAUUCAGAUAGUAAAAUUCCUGAGAGAUUUUGUAAUGGACUUUGGACCGGCCGAUCUUGACUCGGAGCCUCGUUCUCCAAACCCACAAAUGAAAUCAUUGUCCGCAAUAGAGGCUCAGGAGGAAGAGCCAAACGAAUCGCGCAUUUCCUCCGACACCCAAACCGUCUUUUCCAAGCCACAUGUUCUUCGUACUCGGACCCAAACAGUAUACCAACCUCGGUCGAUAGACGAUAUCUACCGCGCUCGGGAUAGGUCUCUUAGGCUCCAAGAAUCGGAGCCGAUCGAAUGGGUAACGAAAAAGGUGCUUGCGCCGGACGUGACGGAUCGAGAAACGCUGCGGGAGUUGGCAAAGAUGACUGCUAAUGCGUAUGCCAAGCGGGGAAAGCCAAAUUGGUGGGAAAUGAACGAGAGGUGGAAUACUAGCUUCCCGUUUGGCUGGGAAGCAGAUGAAGAUGGGUUCCGAGGCCAGGUUUUUGUGUCUGAUGACGAGAAUGUAGUGGUUAUGUCUAUUAAAGGCACCAGUCUUUGGACGCCGGUCGGGGAUAAGACAUCAAAGAAAGACAAACUAAACGACAAUCUCUUAUUUUCCUGCUGCGCCCGAGUUGAUUGGACAUGGCAGUGGCAAACCGUAUGCGAUUGCUACAGCGGGCAUAACAGGUGCGACCAGACUUGCUUGAGCGCUUCGUUGGUUCUGGAUAGCUUGUUUUAUAAUGUCGGCCUGGGACUGUACGCAAACCUGACGGCAAUGUACCCAGGAGCCAACAUAUGGCUCACAGGGCACAGUCUGGGAGGUUCUUUGGCUGCGUUGCUGGGCGCCACGUUCGGCGUCCCGACUGUGACUUUUGAGAGCCCCGGAGAGCGUCUGGCAUCGACCCGGCUUCACAUUCCCUCUCCGCCUGGGAUGCCGUCCUCGGACCAUCCGAUCACUCAUGUGUGGCACACUGGCGACCCGAUUCCUGACGGGCGAUGCGUCGGUCCAACGAGUUUAUGUGCCAAGGCGGGGUACGCGCUCGAGACUCGGUGCAGGAACGGUAAACAUAUUGUCUACGACACGGUUACACGCAAGAAAUGGGCGCCCUCGAUCGCCAAACAUCGAAUCGGGAUUAUCAUCAACGACGUGCUCGGUGAGGACUGGGAAGAAGACCGGGCUGUGCCUGAGGCUGUUCCGUACGAUGAUUGCGAGGAAUGCGGCAAGUGGGAGUUUGGGGAUUAUCUGAGUCCUGAUGCGUACCGGGCCGUGCCGUAG